UGCUGAGGACGCUCCGUCUGCUCCGGGUUUCCGUUUUAAUUUCACAUCUCUCUGUGUGACUGGAUAUUAUUAAGUAGUUUCUUUUGCAUCAGUAACAUGGCGGACAGUAAAGUGGAGAGCAGCGGGGAACUGAGCGCUAAGGAGCUGAAGGACAAGAAACAGACCGAAGAGGCCGAGAACGGAGAUGGAGACACUGCCGCCAACGGCAAAGCUGACGAGGAGAACGGUGAGCAGGAGAAUGAGGUAGAGGAGGACGUGGGAGAGGACGAGGAGGACGAGGAGGGAGAAGGUGAGGAAGACGAGGACGAUGACGACGACCUGGACGGGCCGAGGGGGAAGAGAGCAGCGGAGGACGAUGAUGACGAUGAUGAGGAGGACGAAGUGGAAACCAAGAAGCAGAAGACAGACAAGUAGAGCUCGGCCGGGCUCGGCCGCGCUGUCUGGAGGACAACGACGCCACCCAGAGGGCAGACAGCCGGUUGUGUUUUUUUGUCCCAGCAAACCUCCGACACCUCAGUCCUCCCUUCUUCAAACGAGAAUGAGAAAUACUUUUACAAACAAGAAUACGUUUGUAUUUUUAUUUACAUUUUAUAUUUUUGUAAAUACUGCAAGGAGGUUUGGCCAUUUUGCAACAACAGCGAGAUCUUUUUUCUGGGUAUCAAGUGGUGCUUUGAGGACUUUUAGAUCCAGACUCAAUCAUCAGCCGUCCACAUUCAGUAUCAGCCAAUCAGAGGCAUCCGCCCUCCCUUAAGCUCCACCCCUUCCUCCCUCCCCUCCCCUGUUCUUUUCUUCCACUAGGUUUCUGCUUAGGUUUCCCGUAGGGCGUGUGUUGACGUGUAGUGGCGUGGGGGAAAGCGACCCGUGUGUGUGUGUGUGUGUGUGUGUAUUCCCGGUAGUUUGUGUGUGAGAUUCCCGAGGCUGUAGUUCCUGCCGUCCGUCCGUCUGUCACUGUCUGUCGCUCCGUCCGUCUGCCCGUCCGUCAUGGCCAGAUGUUAAUACUGUUUCUUCUGUCUGUGCUGUUUCGUUGGAACAAUAAACGGUCGUUGGAUUUUGA